AUGGCGCAGGUUACGCAGGAGGAUUUCAGCUGGCUUCUGAGCCGACCCAAAUCCGCGUAUCAGCUUCUAGAUGUCGAUACCAAUGUACAGUCACAGGACCUGCGACGCGCAUAUCGGAAAAAGGCGCUAGUAUUGCAUCCCGAUAAAAAUCAGUCCCCAGAUGCAGAAGAGCAGUUUAGAGAGAUCUUGGUCAGUUACCGAAUACUGGAGGAGCCAGAGUGGCGCAAGCGGUAUGAUGAGCAUCUGACAGUAGAAUUGGAACGGCAAAGGGCAAGGGCACAGCAAUCAGCACAUCAAAAGUCGUUAAAAGAGCAGCUAUUAUAUGAAGAGUCUAAAUACAGGCAAAAUCAAUCCACUGCCAAGUACCGACAGACAAAGAUCGAGCAGCUGAGGCGCGAGACGGAGCAGCUGCGUCGAACAAAAAUGAAAGAAACAGCCAGCACCGCCCUGAACAUCGAGACGGACAGGUCACGAUUUCCGUGCAAAGUUCGUGUGCGAUGGAAAAGCAAACCUCAAAUAACAGACCUUGUGAGCGUUGAGGUGGUUCAGCAGCUAAUGGAGGUUUUCGGAGAAGUCCUCUCUGUGCAAAUGAAUUCCAGCACGGAUGCUAUUGUCACGUAUAAAACGUGGCUGUCGGCAGUGCUGGCAGCUACGCACGAUUAUUCGCAGGUUUCGGACCUCUGGGACGAGUCGGGUCUGAAACGGAUGGCAAGCCUGCUGCGUUCGGCCAAACUGGAGGAGUUCGAUGAUGCCGGAGACGGAAAACUGAAUUUUGAUGAAUAUGCAGGCCUUAGCAUAUACAAGCUAAGCAAGCUUGUUCGCUAAUCGCUGUCUAUCACAAUGGUUUCCGGAGACCGUGCCUUAUCUUUCACUGCAGGGAAAUUCUUGUUUUUAUCCUUGCGCUUUUUCGCACUCCGCAACGACUGUCCUUGACCUGCAAAAUGAGGUUUGUUUGGUGUUUCCUGUUUCUGCUCAAAUCCGUCCUCAUACACCUUCACCGGGAACCCGAAAAACAGGUAUCCAUCCGGUAAGUGUAACGGUUUCACAGGACCGUUUAGGUCGAUAUCCGCUGUAUUUAUAGAAGGUUCUGCUUCCUUUGCUAUUUUUCUGCCUGACAAUUUGACACCGUCCCCUUGGAACUUCUGUGUGCUUUUAUUAGCUUCUCGAAUAAUCUCACCGUAAUUUAUUUGCUGUGCCAUAGAGCCUGUGCCUUUCAGAGAUGGCUGCGACAAAGCUUUGGUUUUGUUCUUUUUCUCCUGCUCCUCUUUCAGAGCCUUGUAAUCCGGCUCCACGUACCCAACGGGCGGGGCAAAAUCCGUCUCCAAAUCGGUUUCAAUAACGCAAAUUCCGUGCGAUGGGCUUUCUGGCUUGACCUCUAGUAUUUUGAUUUUGUAUAUCUGGUCGUUGUAGUCUAGCUGGAUUAUAUCUCCAACUGUCAAUGUGGUAAAUUUCCUUAGUGCGUUUUCCAGGACGGCUUUGGGGUCACUGAUGUCCAGAAAGUCGACGCUUUGGGGCUCCAGCAUCACAAAGCUUCCUUGGGGAAGGUCUGCGGUUUUGAUGUUGACCAGUGAUCCCGGCUCGGCAUCAAUGGUGUCGAGCAUCCAUUGUGGCAAAUAACAGCGGCCCUCUUCAGCUGUGAAUUCCAGCACCCCACUGUGGGUAGAUUUCCCGGAGCUUUCUGAAGUAAUGGUGAAGAGCAUGGGAUAUCUAAUAUGUAGCAUUGUCAGUUUGUGAAGUGCUGAUUGGGGUAGAAAGAUUUUGCCCCCGUAGUUGGCGUCGUCUUUUCUGCUUACAUCAGGCAUCAUUGCGAUGGGAUAGCAGCGAAAGUAGUCAUCGAAACCCUGCAACAUUGGCAGUGUUGGCUCGCCAAAGCC